UAGAAGAGUAAAGUUCAAUGGGAUAAAAAGUACACGAAACCAUGUUAUGUUAUAAGCAUUUUUAACUAACAUACCAGAGUAAAUAAUUUGUGAAUACUUGUCAUAGAAGUACGGACAUUGUCUCCAAUAUGACCGGGCUUUUGAAGUUAAAUUCUGCCGUCCUGCGACCGAAAAGGAAAGCGACGUUCACAGGAUUUCUACUGGCUUUUAUUAUUGGAGAUUUAGAGGCCAAUUUUAUAAGCAACCCGCCGAGCACGUGGUAUGACGGGUAUAUAAAAUGUCGACAAAAUAAUCAGACCAUUUUGAACUGGGGGGAUGUGGAAGGAUGGAACAACGGACCUGAAAAUACAAUUUCCCGUUUGGCUCUACGGCUUCGAAGUGCGAAUCCACAACAAAAGUAUACCAGUUUCAGACAAAUUCUUCAAACUUGACCAAUUACAAAACACCAGAACCGCCUAUGUUCGUUGCGAGGCUGGCUCAUUAUUCGAUGACUAUACCCUUUUCAACUUUGAGAAAGCACACAUAAUUUGUCAGAAUCAUACAAGUGGAACUAGGGAACUACUCACAGUGAAUCACACCAACUUGGACAAGUUUAAAAUAAGCAGGGAUAUUAUAAAUAUGUCGUUUUGGACACAAGCUGUGAAAGUCGGAACAUUUCUCAACUCGGAAGAACUCAUAGUGCAUUGUUUAAUGCUCAACCAUCAUGGCGAGUUAAGAAAAGACAACUGUACCAAAAGCUAUUCGUCUGUCUGCGUAAACGCAACUGUUCACAACACAAUACAAUACAGCGGACAAGAGUCGAAGGUGCCAAACUACGAUCCGACGUCACCGAGCACACCCGUGACAUCAUCAGCGGGUACCUCAGAGUCUGUGACGUCACUAGUUACAUCGGAAACCAACGAUGGCGUUGAUUUAACCACUAGCGCAGCAAACAAAUCGUCCGAUUUGCACAAUUCCACUAGCGACCAUAAAAGUCGUGCCAAGGAUAAACCAGUGAUGGAAGAGAAAAUCCUCAUAGCACUUAUCUGCGUUGGAGUUGCCGUGGUAACGGCGUUAGUGGUCGCCGUCAUUUGCUGCUUCAGAAUCAAACGGAAACCGAACAAAGACCGCAGGCCAACCUUUUCCGACGGCAACUCCAAAACGGCGGACUCCGUAAAUUUUAAAGAUGCUCAACACUACGAAGUUAGUGACAUCAGCGAAUAUGCCACGUCCUCGGUGGCAGUAACGGGCGGUCCUAGAACGGCACGGCCUCGUUCGUCCAUUAUAGAAGGCGAAUACGACGUGAUUUCCAAUUCCAGAGCAACGGAUAAAUCCAAACGCCAGGUGGCGGUGGUGAAGGCUUACAGUCACGUGGCAAUUGUCCCAGCCAAUCAGAGACGCGAUAGCGAUUCAAAUAUGGAAAACGCAUACGACGUGUCCACGUUGAUAAAGCAAAAGACCGUGACAAUAUUACAACAGGACGGCACUGGAAAUGUUAACGGUCAUUUGGGGAUAACAUAACUGUAAAUAGAGAACACAUUUUAUAAGUUUAAUAAUGAUUUAAAAGUGUGUAUUUUUAUUGUUUAAUUUUAACAUGUAACACACGUAUUCAUGUGUCCAUAGGACUCGGGUGAUCCCGCAUUCCCCUUUUUAUAAGAUAUACUUAUGUUGAAAAAACUGAUCCAACAUAUGCAGUUGCACAAGUGACUAUGUGUUAGUCCUGAAGCAUCAAUGAAUGUUUUGUAAAGCGCGACACAGUUACACUGUUUCGUUUUUUUAAUUAUCUGCCAUACCUCCGGGUUUGCCGAAAACAUUCAAAUCGAUAUAGUUAUAGGCUCGUUCGCAUGAUGGCUAAUAUGCUCUCAUACUUCAGCCCUCUAACAGCCGAAGUUUCAAACUAUGACGAACGGAAAAACGGACAGACGGACGUUUGGGACAUCUAAGCUAUAUUCCGUUCUGUUUGCUUAAAGUUUCAUAAAGGGAGUACAACCAAAAACAGACGAGAACGCAGUCAUACAUUUUGACCGCGGUUAGAUAAGUAACUUUUCUGAUUGUUGUCAUAGUUUCCCAUGUUUCCCCUGAAAUUGAAAAUACGCACACAUCUCUUUAGAGAAAUGAAAUUAUAUUACAAUAACAUUCCAAAAUAUGUAUUGUUCAAAUAUGUAUUUGCUCAUUAAUGAAAUUUUAGUUAAACUUUUCAGAAUAAUAAAACAAACACUUCAAUAAUAUUUUGUGAAAUAUUGUGAUUGGAUAUACACUAUUUGGGAUUAUUAAAAUUAAUAAAUUAUAUUUUCAAUAAAUAGUAUAUCAAACCGGGGAUUUGUAAGGCGAAUAAUAAUUGAUCAAUUACAAUAUCAUGACUAGGGUAAUUUCUAUAUUUAGCUGUGCGAUAUGACCACCAUAAUACAGGAAGUGAGGGCAUGGUUGCAAAAGUUAUGUAUUAUGUGCGAUCAAAGGACAGAUCAAAGCUUUGCUUGUUUGCUUGUUAAAAAUAAAACGUUUUGACAAUAACCAAGUAAAAGGCAAAGCUAUUUGUUGCCGCUAAUACUUGUAACAAUCUGGCAACGGUUUACACUGAUUUACAUCGGUGACGUAUGAAUAAGGGAUAAUAAAGCUCAUAUAUCAAA